ACUAUUUCUACACAGAAGAUAGACUGCAUUGCAUUGCUAGCGUCGAGAUAACAACAAAAUAUUUCACGGGAAACGUAUCAACGAACAAGGCAUAACAGACGGCAGUGUCGUCUUCUUUCUCAAAACGGCAGUAGAAAGACGCUUUGAUUGUUCAAGUUUCUGUUAACAUCUUAACGUGAAAAAAAUAGCAAAACAAGGAUCGAAAAGAAAAAUAAAAACUCGGGGGAAAUGGCCACAACAACCAGCGUAGCGACGACCAGUGCUUUACGGGCCUUGCACGCAGAACUGAUCAAACUCGAAAAAGAACCAGUGGAAGGUUUUAUCGUCAAAGCAAAUGAUGAGAAUUUGUUUGAAUGGGAAGUUGCAAUUUUUGGUCCACCAGGAACUCUGUAUGAAGGAGGAUAUUUUAAGGCAAUGAUGAAGUUUCCACACGACUACCCGUAUUCGCCUCCAACAUUCAGGUUCCACACAAAAAUGUGGCAUCCCAACAUCUAUGAGAAUAGUGGUGACGUUUGUAUAUCAAUCCUGCAUCCCCCUGUGGCUGAUGAACAGAGCGGAGAGCUGCCUUCGGAGAGAUGGAAUCCUACACAGAAUGUCAGAACUAUCUUACUGAGCGUGAUCUCACUACUCAAUGAACCCAACACAUACUCCCCUGCCAACGUGGAUGCCUCCGUCAUGUACAGACGAUGGAAAGACUCAAAAGGAAAGAAUAAGGAAUACGAGGACCUCAUCAAAAAACAAGUAAAAGGAACCGAAUUGGAUGCGCAGAAAGACGAGGUUAUCGUGCCAAAAACUCUGGAGGAGUACUGCAUCAAGACAAAGGAAACCCCACAGUCUCAAAGCUCGGUAGACCUGGCAGACUUCUAUGAUGACGGCGACUACGGCGUGGAGGACGAUGACGAUGAUGAUGAUGACGAGUGUUACUAUGACGACGAAGAUGAUUCAGGCAAUGGAGAGUCGUGACAAGAACUCUACUCCGAUGAACUGUUAUACAACUGUACAUGAUGUCAUUUUUUCUCAAGAAAAACACUUAUUAUCCUGCAUUAACGACAACAAAAAAAAAGAGAAAAAUGUAAACCCUAAAAGGAUGAUCAUCUUGCAAAUACUCUACAAAGUGUUUAUCUCUUUUACUGCCAUUUUACAAGAAGCCAUUUUUGUGUGGAUAUAGCCGUUUGUAGAUAGAAAAAGAAACCAUAUUAUGUGCUUUUUGAUCAACUUGAAAGAACGCAAGUUUUCACCACCUGUUUAGCUGUGUAUUAAAUAUAUUACAAAUAGCAGGAUUGCUUCCUAUUUUCCUUCUGUUUUUAAAAAUCAAAAUCAUAUUUGUUUUUGUCGAAACAGGUGCAAAAGAUGAGCCAUACUUUUCUGAGCUUACAGAGCAAGAUAGAGAAGCCAUAAGUACUUUUGAUAGGAUUGUUACGUUUUAUUCUUCUGGAUUGAUGUUGUACAAGAACGAUUUCCAGAAGAUACAACAGCCAUUUUACUAACAUUUUGUCUCGUAGCCAGAUUUCAGCACCUCACUUGGUAUAGCGUGUUUUUGUGAUUUGACACAUCAUCUCCAUCAAGUUAUCACCCUUGCACAGUGGUGCGACCGAUAAUGCAUGGUUGUUUCAGCCUUCUGUCUCGUUUUGAGGAGAGGAGAUUUUAAUUCGCAAGAAACGUGACCUGCUGAGGAUGACGGGACACUGAGAUUUGGAACGAUGCACCAUGGAGAGCACUUAAAUGCUUCUAUUUCGCCGUCAUUUAUCUUCUGAAGUUCUCGUCCAGCUUGAAUAUCUUUUUAUUUUAAAGGAUUGGUGGAUAUCGGACAAGGUGGAAAAUGAAAAGUAUUGUCAAUGUCGUGAAGAAAAAAAAUAUUGUUACUAAUUUUAUUGAUGGGAGAGAAUGUACAAAGGUUGGCAAACUGAUAUAGAUUAUGGUUUUAGAUAUGUGAUCAUGGUUAUAAUUCAAAUGUAUCACUAUGUGCGUGUGUGUAACCGUAUAUCCUAUUUUAUUUCUCUCGUUUUUUAAUAUGAAUUAUGUGUCGAUUGUAUGGAACAACUUUUAAUGUUUUAUUUAUACCUUUUUAACGUCUAGAUUUUGUAUGAAUGUUUUCACACUGGUACAAGCAAAAGGAAUGUAUAAGUGGACAGUAAGCAUUCGCUGUUAUGUCCUCUUUUUGUCAUCAUGAAAUUCUGUGAGGAUGUUUAGGACAGAUGGGUGAUAAUUAGAAGUUGUUAUUAUUAAUUACUAAUUAUUACUAAUUUGUUUAUUAUUAAUUACUUGGAACAGUGCUUGGUAUAAUCAGCCAAAGCUGGUUUUUGCAAAAAAAAAUAAUGAUAACCCUCAAAGAAAUUCAGAUUCUCUAUAUCUUUAUAAUUUUUUGGAUUGAAAGAGAGUAGAGACAGUUUUUACAUUUGUCAAAAUAGGGGGGGGGGGGGGUUAAUUGGGAAGGAUUUCAACUACUGUAGGUUUCUAGUUUUGUAUCAGGUUCUUCUCUUUUGGUCUUAGGAUUUCUCACAUAUAUUUAGCAGAUGUGUUCACCAAAACACAACGUCUGCUCUUCUCCUCCAAUUUGGAGGUUUUAAUGUUACCCGUUAAUCCAGGUAGUGGAUACAUGUUCUAAGUUUGUGCAUUAUUUCAAUUUUGAUGUUAUGUACUGUAUUGUACACGUGUGUGUCAGGAGAGAAUGUGAUUUUGUCCGAUGAGUGCUAGAUGUUGUGUUUUGAUGAGGUUUCAUCAGAAAGCAAAGAAAAGAAGUAACCCCCCCCCAAAAAAAAAGCAACGUCCUAAUUUUGCAGAUGAAAAAGAAAUAAGUGUGGACUUUAAUAACAAAGUUUGCUCCGAAGAAGCUGUGCCUAAACUGAAGUAGAUUUCGAAUCGAUUCUGAGUAGAUAUUCAUUGUCCUGUCUUCCCGAGGGGGUCCCUUAUUGACCGAUAUUUUUAUCACAAAGUCAUAAAUGUUAAAAAGGAUGCAAAUAAAGUACUCGUGCAAUUAUGAACAUGUUUGAACUGGCGAAAACGCAGACACUGUAAAAACUGAAGCAUUUGCGACAGCUAGAAAUGUUCAAGAAUUGAAAAAACAGCUUACGAUUGGCCAUGUUGUUGAUCAAAUAUUUUCCAGCAUGAAACUUUGGCAUACUGGUAUCUCAAACUCUCACAGAAGUUGCAAGAGAUGCGUCUACAUACAUGUUUACAGUUGGACAGUAACCAUGCAAAACUCUCCCCCUCUGCUGUUGCAUGUAUACAUUCAGCUUUAAUAAAACUAUGGAGUUUAGGAAGGAAACGAACGGGAAUGUGUUGGUAUAACUUUUGUUUGCGGACUAAUCUUCUGUUUGACCACCCUUUUUUCACUGAACACCAUAUACAUGUAAUAUAGGUUCUUUGUCACUUUGCUUUCUAUACAUGUUUCUUAACUGCCUAUUGUAUUUCCAUUGUCACUCCAUCAAUUUAUAUGUACUUUUCUAAUUUCCAAAUUUCUAUAACGUGCACACUGCACAGAGAAGCCUUUGUAGAUGAUGGUCAUGUUAGGUAUUGUUUUGUUUAUAGAGUGAAUCCAUGAUAAUAGAGAAACACAAGUACACCUUUUUUCAGCAAUGAAACAAGUUUGCGCGAGAGAUUACAUCACACAGGGGUUAAGCACUGGAUUAUCUUGCAAUAGCCAUUAGAUAUGUCUCAUUGCUAGAUGGUAUUUCUAUUUUACCCUUAGUUUUGUUGAACUUCUCUUUUUUUAAUCUUUUGUAAAGGGGCGACAUCGAAGUUUCAUGUCAAUUCAUUGCAGGAGCUAAAUUAAAUCACAACUUGCAAAAAAAUAAGGGUAUGAUCCGCUAAUACCAAUGAAAUUUUUUUCUGAUGAAGAUAUUUUUUGAAUAGUUCCCAUUGAAAUACACUGUAUCAUCCAUCUUCAUUACAUAUAUCUACGCUUUCUUGUAAACAUGUUCUUGCGUUGAAAAUUUGUGUAUUUGUGUCUCUCUGACACUUUGGAAUCAGCCAACAUGUCAAAAUGGCAACAUUCGUACAUAUGCCAUUUGGAGUAACCACGAUUCAUAUGUUACAAUUUUCAAGCAAUUGCGUUGUACUUUUGGGGAAUUGUCUCAUUGUUGUCCCCCUGAUUCUCGGUCAUAUUUUUCUACCAGUAAUUCAGCAAUAUGAUAUAGCUUUGAGUAAACCAGAUGCAAAUUAGUCUGGGGGGCAUUUCACAAAACUUGUCAUCAGUGACAAAUAACAGUUUUUGUUAUAAGUUACUGAAAUUCUUGCUUCUGAUUGGUUAUUAGCAGAUUUUUUCAUUGAAAAAAGGCUUUGUGAAACACCCCCCUGUUUAUGAGCAUCAAGGCACAGACUGGAGAAUAAAAUGGGAGACGAAGAGGGGAUAUAAAGUGCUAUGAGUAAUGCAUUUUUAAACAUAUUUUUAUGUUGCAUACUUUGUUAGAUAGGAGGUUAAGGUUGUCUAAUAAUUAUGUAGGUAUUGGGCAUGAAGUAUAUUUACAUCCCUCUAAAAAUACCAUCUAAACACCAUACUUUUGUUUUGAUAAGUAGAUGUACUUGUGUAUCACUCAGUCACUUGACUCAUGCCAAAGUGCUCAUUUGCAAUCGAAUGAAGAGAAUAUAAAUAUCAGCAAUGUGGCAUCUUUUAAUAUGUCUAUGAUACGAUGUAAUCAAGAUGAGAAUCGGAGUCACUUUGUAAUGCAGGACUUUUCAAGUAUUUAAUAAUAAAUCUGUAAAUUGUUGUCGAAAUGUA